AUGGCUCGCCUCACCCUCGUUGGGCUGCUCGCAGUUCCAUGGCUCCUGCUGGCCGGCAUGGUGUCUGGAGACGCAGUGCUGGACCUGCAGAAGAAAGGCAGGCCGAGCAUCGACGCCCAGCUCGCCAAGUCAGCCACAUGCACCAAGGACAAGCUGAAAGUUCGCCGGGAAUGGGGCGACAUCUCGGCCACCGAGAAAAAGGCCUACAUCGCCGCCAUGCUGUGCAUCAUGCAGAAACCGUCCAGGCUGGACCCGGCCAAGUUCCCCGGAGCCAAGUCGAGGUACGAUGACUUUGUCGUCGUCCACAUGAACCAGACCAUGAGCAUCCACAACACGGGAAGCUUUCUCACGUGGCAUCGCUACUACACCUGGGCGUUUGAGCGCACUCUCCAGCAAGAAUGCGGCUAUACCGGGACUCAGCCGUACUGGGACUGGGGACGCUGGGCACAGGACCCCGAGAGGUCGCCCAUCUUCGACGGCAGCGACACGUCGCUCAGCGGUAACGGCGAGAAGAUUCAGCACCGCGCUUCAGGCGUCGCACCCGCCGGCAACGGUGGCGGCUGCGUCAAGACCGGCCCCUUCAAGGACAUGGUCGUCCACCUCGGCCCCGUCUCCCCGGCAGUUGACCCGGCCCCGCCACGCAACCCGCGCAGCGACGGAUACGGCGACAACCCGCGCUGCCUGCGCCGCGACAUCUCCAAUCAGCUAUCAAACAAGUACUCGCGCACCGAGGACAUCGUCAACCUGAUCACCUCGUCCACGACCAUCAGCACCUUCCAGGACACGAUGCAGGCCGCCGGCGGCUUCGGCUUCGGCAUCGGCGGAGCCAUGGGCGUGCACGCCGCCGGCCACUUCACCAUUGCCGGCGACCCGGGCGGCGACUUUUACACGUCGCCCAACGAUCCCGCCUUCUGGGUCCACCACGCCAUGAUUGACCGCACCUGGACCAUCUGGCAGAGUCAGGACUUGGCGAACCGGCUGCAGGUCAUUGCGGGCGGCACGAGCAUGAUGGGCUUUGGUGGGAGGCAGCAGAGCCUGGAUGAUCUGGUGGAUUUGGGCGUCGUGGCGGACAAGGUGUACAAGAUCCGGGAUUUAGUCAGUGUGGUCGAUGGGCCGUUUUGUUACGUCUAUGAGUGA